UGUGUUUAUGUCAGUUCAGAUUUAUGGGGAAAGUCUUCAAUUAGUGAAUUUGAUGAGCAAUGUAUUCAAUAAGACUCUCAAUUCUUAUCCGGAAUCGACUCAACUGUUACCUGAAAGCCUUAGAGGAGUGGACGGAAUGCUCGACGAAAUGGUGAGAAAUGGCUACGAAUACGGCCGACAAUACAUUAAAACAUCGGUCAGAAGCGCACUGAACGUCGACUCAAAUGUGACACAAAGCAAAGACGUGGAGAAACAGAUUCUUGAAAUCUGGGACAGGGCUUACCAUUUAUGGCUGAUUCGCAACAAUAACGAAACGGAUACAUUGCCUAAGAAAGGGCCGUACGAUUUCGAUAAGCUGUACAAUGCACUCAAGACAUUAGAUCUAACCCUUUGCUUCAAUAUUGUCAAAGAAAAUNCAUUGCCUAAGAAAGGGCCGUACGAUUUCGAUAAGCUGUACAAUGCACUCAAGACAUUAGAUCUAACCCUUUGCUUCAAUAUUGUCAAAGAAAAUAUCGAUACAUUAGUUUCGGUAUUCGAUUCCGUGUGGCUACUCCUAAAAGGGAACGUUACUCUACUAUUCUCGGCGAUCGCAGCCGUAUUCUCUACUCUAUUGGGCGGAGGUCUGGGACUUAUGAAUCUGGUCUUCAGUUUCAUAAUCUUCAUGACAGCCCUUUUCUAUCUGUUGUCUGCGAGUGGAGAGCACUAUAAACCGGUAGAACUCGUGAAUCAAAUCUUUCCCUCAGAAGUGGGACCGCAGCCG